AUGGCACGCACGAAGCAAACAGCAAGGAAGUCAACAGGAGGCAAGGCGCCACGUAAGCAACUGGCCACAAAGGCAGCCCGUAAAUCAGCACCGGCAACCGGAGGAGUGAAGAAGCCGCAUCGAUUUAGGCCAGGAACGGUGGCACUGAGAGAAAUCAGAAAGUACCAGAAGAGCACGGAGCUGCUGAUAAGGAAAUUGCCAUUUCAAAGGCUGGUGAGAGAAAUAGCACAAGAUUUCAAGACAGAUUUGAGGUUCCAAAGCAGUGCAGUGGCUGCUCUUCAAGAGGCAGCAGAGGCAUACCUCGUGGGAUUGUUUGAGGACACCAAUUUGUGUGCUAUUCAUGCUAAGAGAGUCACCAUUAUGCCAAAGGAUAUUCAGCUUGCUAGGAGGAUUAGAGGAGAGAGGGCUUAG